GGUGUGAUGCAUGUUUCAGGCCGGCCUACAGCGGCAUUCGAUCCUGAAGGUCUCAUAUUCGCUGCUGGUAUCAACUCAGAUAGUAUCAAACUUUAUGACUUACGUUCAUUCGACAAAGGCCCCUUUGCUACCUUUAAGAUAGCUACUACUCCAGCCAAUCCGGCUGCUGCUACCUCCGCCACUUUAGGUAGUCGGAACACAACCUUUAUGGCCUCAGGAGACCUCCCCGGCACUGAGUGGACGGGAUUAAAGUUUUCUCCGGACGGCAAGACUCUGCUAAUACAGACAAAUGGCACACAGCUUAAGCUGAUAGACGCCUUCAAAGGGUCACUUCAGCAUGUGCUAACUGUCUUAGCUAAUGUUGAUCAUCGACAGCCUUUGGAUGCCUGCUUUACUCCUGACAGCCAAUUUGUGCUAUCAGGAUGUCCCGAUGGUCAUGUCCAGGUCUGGGCUGUCGAAACUGGCCUCCUCGCUCUCUUUUUUUUUACGUCCAACUCGCUUUUUUCCUACAUAAAGCCAGUCUGUUUUUCCGCUAUUUAA